AGACCAUAAGUCUACUCUUUUAACCUAAAAUUCCAAUCCAAUAAAAGCGAAAUUAGAGAUGACUGAAGACUAAUGACCCAUUCUGAGCCCACCCAAUACAAACUGUUUGCCAGUCUAAAUGUGAACGUUCUUCCCUUUUUCUCAUCCCCGGUAACGUCUUCAAAAAUGGUUAUUAGAAAGAUGCUGCCUUCUCCUUCGGCUUCCCUCGCCAAAGCAUUAUCUUUGUCUUCUACUUCACAACAGUCUGCUCUCAUGACAGUACACCUGCUACAUCCAAACCCAAAUCUUUUGCUCCAAACCCACAUUCCCUGCACCAAUUUCUCACCAAACAAUGCAAGUCUGGUGCCAUCACUCUACAUGAAACGCUGCAAUUCUUUGAGUAAAUGACCGCAUGCACCCCACUCCUCCCAUUUCAGCAUUCAAUCAUUUGUUAGGUGCCCUUGCUAAGAUUAACCACCAUCACCAUGUCGUUUCGUGUUACACAGGAUUGAAUUCAAUUGCCUUAUUAGUACUUGAUAUUAUGACUUUCAACAUCUUGCUUAAUUGUUGUUGCUAUAUUGGUCGAAUUUGCAAUGGCUUGUCGAUUUUGGGAAAGAUUUUGAGGGGUGGUUGUAGCCCAGAUGCUUUCACUUUCAACAAUUUAAUUAGGGGGUUGUGUGUGAAACAGAAGAUUGGUGAAGCAACUUGGUUGUUUAGAAAGAUGACUGUGUUUGGUUGUCAACCUGAUGUAAUUACUUAUGGUACCGUUAUUAAUGCCCUCUGCAAGCAUAGAAUGUUUGAAAAGGCGAAACAACUUUUCUCUAAAAUGAAAGAUGGAGGAAUUUCUACUAACGUGAUUGUUUAUAGCUCCCUGCUCCAUAGGUUACGUUGUAUGGGGAAUUUGGAUGAGGCUAAAGGCCUAUUUUUCGUCGAGAUGCUGGAUGAAGGAGUGCAACAUAAUGUGGUAACUUACAAUGUUUUGAUAGAUGUCCUUUACGAAGGAGUGAUUGAAGAAGCACAGAAAUUGGUAGAUUUGAUGAUUCAAAGAGCUCAUCUCGAUGUUAUAAACCCUGGAGGAACUGCUUUGGAGCUCAUUGAUUACGGAUCACUGCACAGAAAUCCUGUAUCGAAAAUAGUAGAAUACGUAACAGCGUAUAACAUUAUUGGAAAUUAGAAAUCAAAGAAAGGAAAAUGAAAUUUCCAAGCACAGAAACGGAAGUAGCAGAGGCAUGGUAGGAAUGAGAUGGGCGAAAAUGACAUGUAUCUUAUCAUCUUGACAUUGCUGGGACGACCGCUGGAGCCAGGGUCAAUCCUCGCUUUUGUCUGUCCAUGUUAGCUUCCCAUCCUACAUUAAUCAAAAUCAAAUAAGUAAAAAGAACCAGUCAAU